GAAAGAUCGAGCACCUAAAAAAGUCGCAGGAAUUGAAAGUUCGUGGUUGAACCGGAAACUUGAAUUUGGUCGACGAAGAGAAGGUCUACCAGAUGCAAAAUAUUACAAAACAAUCAGUGGAGAAGGACCACAAUUGUUUGCUGUUAAAUCGGAUCAAUCCGUAUGGUAUCAUGAUGCAAAUCAAUGGCAUAGAUAUAAAACGGCGGCUGAUGUAAAAUAUGGUCAAAUACAUUCUCCAGAUCUGAAUCCUAGACGUGGAACUUUUACAUCAACAACUGAUGAAGAUGAUGAUGAUGAUGAACCACAUUUUGGUGAAGAAGAAGGAUUAAAUUAA